AUGGCAACCUUCAUUGCCUGUUUGGGGCAAGCUCUGUCGCCCGAUGGAUCUGUCCCGGUGACCCUGGCGAACCGCGCCGCCGUGGCGGCGGAGCUGCACCACCGCACCGGCGCACGCAUCAUUUUGAGCGGCGCCGAUGUGAGUCGCGUGGGAAGCUCCGAGGCGCAGGUCAUGAAGGCGAUCCUGACCUCUGCGCCGCACUCCGUCGAUGCCCGCGCGCUGCUCUUGGAUGAGUUGGCCUGCAACACCAUCGAAAACGUGCGAAACACUUUGGCCAUUAUCAGAAGAGAAGCGCCCAGUGUGGCUGCUGGAGAUAUCAAGAUGUAUCUGGUCACCUCCGACUUCCACUGUCCUCGUUCGGAGUUUAUCUUCAGGACUGUCUUCGAAUCCGAGGGUGCUGGUGAGGUGGAAAUUGAAAGCUGUCCAGCCUUCAGUGCCUUAAAGGAUGACAUCUCAGAUGAUCCGAAGAAAGAAAUGCUGACGGAUUUCAAAUUGCACAAGAUCAUGAAAGACAUCAACGAGUGGGGUAUUUUUAUGCGCCUUUGUCACGAGAAUGCCUUGAUGGUCAACAAGAUGCAGAGUUGGCUCCGUGAAUAUGGGGUGGAGAAGCAGAACCCCAAGCAUUUCGACAGGGCCUUGAAACAGCUUGCAGAGCUGGUUGAGCAAGCACGCCGCGGCGACUACGGCAAGACGACACCAUUGGCUUCUCAGCAAGACUGGGUGCCACUGACGCUGGCGAACCGAACGGCACAUGCUGCGCAACUCCACAAGACCCUCGGAGCGCCCAUCAUUUUGAGUGGUGCUGAUGUUAGCCGCGUUGGCAUCACUGAAGCACAGGCCAUGAAAAAAAUCCUCUCAGCCGCUCCACACGGCGUGGCGAAGGAAGCUCUGCUGCUGGAUGAGUCGGCAAAAAAUACCAUCGAAAAUGCUCGAAACACCUUGUCCAUCAUCCGCAAGCACGCGCCUGGGCUGGCCACUAAAGACAUCAAAAUGUACCUGGUGACCUCUGAUUUCCAUUGUCCACGCUCCGAGUUCAUCUUCAGGAAUGUCUUCGAAUCCGAGGGUGCCGGUGAUCUGAUGAUUGAAGCCUCUGCCGCCUUCAGUGGUCUACCUGAUGACAUCUCCAAGUUUCCAGAGCAAGAGAUGUUGACGGGCUUUAACUUCCAGCGCAUGAAAGACAUCAACGACUGGGGCAUCUUUCGUCGCCUCUGUCACGAACACGCCUUGAUGACCAACUUGAUGGGAUUGGAGCUCCGUGAAUAUGGUGUGGAACAACAGAAUCCUCAGCAUUUCGAUAAUGCGACCAAUCAGAUCUUGGAUCUGAUCGAAAAGGCCCGCCGCAUGGAGGUAGCACAUUUAG